CGAGAAGAACAAGAACUCUAGGAGCGGGAGGGCGAUGGUUACAAACAACAUGGCUGAAGGCAUGCAGAAAAAGGAUAUUUUUGUUGUUGAUUUGUUUUAACGCUUUACAGUAAUUUCACAAAUUAAAACGUAACAAGACGGACUACAGUUAUGUUUGAGCAAGAGAUAACUUGUCUUUAGCGUUUGAAAGAAUUAGAACUUAAAGGAUUUCUAACGGAAACGGAACCUGUUCAAGAGAGUUUGAGUGAAUAAACUGAAGAGCAGCAUGAACCGCAAGAAAGACAAGGGCUUUGAGAGCCCACGACCGUAUAAACUAACCCAUCAGGUAGUCUGCAUCAACAACAUCAAUUUUCAGAGAAAGUCUGUUAUUGGUUAUGUGGAGCUGACCAUCUUUCCAACAGUGAUGAACCUGAACCGUAUUAAAUUGAAUAGCAAGCAGUGCCGUAUCUACAGGGUGAGAGUGAAUGAUCUUGAGGCUCCAUUCAUUUACAACGACCCCACACUGGAGGUCUGCCAUCAUGAAUCCAAGCAGAGGAACCUGAACUAUUUCUCCAGUGCUUACACAGCAGCUGUUAGUGCUGUAGAUCCAGAUGCUGGAAAUGGGGAACUUUCCAUUAAAGUUCCCUCUGAGCUCUGGAAACAAGGAGAUGAGAUGAACGUUAUGAAGGUGUACAUUGAAUUUUCAUUGGACCAGCCGAAGGGGGGGUUGCAUUUUGUAGUACCUGAUGUGGAAGGAAGUUUGGCAGAAAGAGCAGUCCAUGUUUUUUCCUUUGGCAACCAGAAUUCCACACGGUUUUGGUUUCCAUGUGUAGACUCAUACUCUGAGCUGUGCACAUGGAAGCUGGAGUUCACAGUGGAUGCCUCCAUGGUGGCAGUGUCCUGUGGGGAUCUAGUGGAAACAGUCUACACCCACGACAUGCGCAAGAAAACCUUUCACUACAUGCUGCCCAUCCCCACUGCUGCCCCUAACAUUUCCCUGGCUGUGGGGCCCUUUGAAAUUCUUGUGGACCCCUACAUGCAUGAGGUGACUCAUUUUUGCCUGCCUCAGCUUCUGCCCCUGCUGAAGCACACCAUGUCCUACCUCCAUGAGAUUUUUGAGUUCUAUGAGGAGAUCCUCACCUGUCGCUACCCUUAUUCUUGCUUCAAGACUGUCUUUGUGGAUGAGGCUUAUGUGCAGGUCUCAUCGUAUGCAUCCAUGAGUAUUUUCAGUACCAACCUCCUGCACAGUGGUAUGAUCAUAGAUCAGACUCCUAUGACCAGGCGCUGUCUGGCUCAAGCUCUGGCCCAGCAGUUUUUUGGAUGCUUCAUCUCUAGGAUGUCCUGGUCUGAUGAGUGGGUUUUGAAGGGAAUUUCUGGAUACAUUUAUGGCCUCUACCUGAAGAAAACCUUUGGAGUCAAUGAGUAUCGUCACUGGAUUAAGGAGGAACUGGACAAGAUUGUGGAGUAUGAGCUAAAGAUGGGUGGAGUCCUGGUUCAUCCCACCUUCUCUGGAGGGAAAGAAAAAGACAAUCCAACACCCCACCUGCACUUUUCCAUCAGACACCCCCACACGUUGUCCUGGGAAUAUUACAAGAUGUUCCAAUGCAAAGCCCACCUGGUCAUGAGGCUCAUUGAAAACAGAAUUAGCAUGGAGUUCAUGUUGCAGGUGUUUAACAAGCUCUUGAGUCUGGCCAGCACAGCAUCAUCCCAGAAAUAUCAGUCUCACAUGUGGAGCCAGAUGCUGGUGUCCACCUCUGGAUUCCUCAAAUCCAUUUCCAACGUGUCAGGGAAGGACAUUGGACCCCUCAUCAAGCAAUGGGUAGACCAGAGUGGGGUCGUAAAAUUUUUUGGAAGUUUUGCUUUCAACAGGAAAAGGAAUGUUUUGGAACUUGAGAUCCGUCAGGACUACACGUCAUCUGGCACACAGAAAUAUGUGGGCCCUAUUAAAGUGACAGUGCAGGAACUGGAUGGGUCAUUUAACCACACGUUACAGAUAGAGGAGAACAGUCUCAAACAUGACAUUCCCUGCCACUCUAAAAGCAGAAGGAACAAGAAGAAGAAAAUCCCUCUGAUGAAUGGAGAGGAAGUCGACAUGGACUUGUCAGCCAUGGAUGCUGACUCUCCUCUGCUGUGGAUUCGAAUCGAUCCAGACAUGUCCAUCCUACGAAAGGUGGAGUUUGAACAGGCUGAUUUCAUGUGGCAGUACCAGUUGCGGUUUGAGAGGGAUGUGGUGGCCCAGGAGGAGGCUAUCUCAGCGCUGGAAAUAUUUCCCACAGCGGCCUCGCGACUUGCUCUUACUGAUAUUUUAGAACAAGACCAGUGCUUUUAUAAAGUCCGCAUACAGGCCUGCUUCUGUCUGGCUAAGAUUGCUAAUUCCAUGAUGAGCACCUGGACUGGCCCCCCAGCCAUGAAGUCUCUUUUUACACGCAUGUUCUGCUGCAAAAGCUGCCCAAAUAUUGUCAAGACCAACAACUUCAUCAAUUUUCAGAGCUACUUCCUGCAAAAGACUAUGCCUGUGGCCAUGGCUCUGCUCAGAGAUGUUCAGAACCUUUGUCCCAAAGAGGUCCUCAACUUUAUACUGGAUCUCAUCAAAUACAAUGACAACCGGAAGAACAAGUUUUCUGAUAAUUACUAUCGAGCUGAGCUGAUUGAUGCCCUGACAAAUUCACUGACUCCUGCCAUCAGCAUUAAUAACGAGGCGCGCACAGUGGACAACUUAAACACAGAUGUUCGCCUGAUCUUGGAGGAAAUCACACGCUUUCUUAACAUGGAAAAACUGCUGCCGAGCUACCGUAAUACCAUAACUGUCAGUUGCUUACGGGCCAUUCGCAUGCUUCAGAAGAACGGCCACAUCCCCAGUGACCCAAGCCUGUUCAAGUCUUACGCUCAGUAUGGACACUUUGUGGAUGUGAGGAUUGCUGCACUGGAGGCUGUAAUAGACUAUACCAGAGUUGAUAGGAGUUCCAGUGAACUGCAGUGGCUUUUGGAUUUGGUACAGAAUGAUCCAGUCCAUUACAUAAGGCAUGAGAUUCUCAGCAUGCUUGCCAAGAAUCCACCUUUCACCAAAGCAGCGGAUUCCUUGCUGUGUAAUGAAGCUUUAGUGGACCAACUAUGGAAGCUGAUGAACUCAGGUACCUGUCAUGACUGGCGUUUGCGAUGCGAUGCAGUGAACCUAUAUUACACUCUGUUUGGGCUGACCCGACCCUCCUGUCUGCCACUACCGGAGUUGGGUCUUGUGCUUAACCUGAAGGAGAAGAAAGCAGUUCUUAACCCAACCAUCAAAUCUGAGCAGGGCCCUGGAGGCCCAGAGGUGACCAUGGCUUUUACCAGCACUCUGGAGGAGGAGCAUGUUGUCAUGGAGCCAGCAUUGAGUGGUGUGGCCAUGGCCCCACAGGGUUUAAAGAGGAAGGCAGAGACUCCAUUAAGCUCAUCCCCUGAACCCGGACAAGUUAUGCAAGAGGAGCCCAGUGCUAAAGCAUCUGUUAAAAGCAAAUUUCCCGCUCAGGAGGAGGAGGAUAUUGAUAUGGACACAGUUCAUGACAGCCAGGCAUUCAUCUACCACCAUCUGAACAUGUUGGAGAGACCUUCAACUCCAGGUAAAGAACCAUCUUCAGUGGAGCAAGCCAUGUUGUCCAUGCCAGGAACACCCAUGCCAACACUGAGCAAAGAGAACACAUCCUCUAAACAUGGAGAUCACCACCACCACCAUCAUCAUCAUGAGCACAAAAAGAAGAAAAAGAAGCACAAACACAAACAUAAACACAAACACAAGCAUGAGAGUAAAGAUAAAGACAGAGACUCUCACGCCUUUAGUAAUAGCCCUGCCAGUGGCCGCUCCAUUCGUUCUCCAUCUCUGUCUGACUGAUAGUGGUAUCAGCCAACUAAAGUAAUCGGAAAUAACAUUGAAAUACCCAUUGCUUUAAGCAUUUCGGAUGGGUUUUUCUGUUUGUUUUAUAAAUUAUGCAGUGCUGUAAAGACGUUGCGAUAGCAUUCAACGUGUAAAAUCUCAGUGUUUAAAUUCAAAGUUCAUUCAAAAAUAAUUGUUUUAAUUAAUUGAUUAAAGAAUUUUUACAUUACACAACAAGAAAAAGAUUGUUCUGCAAUAUCAUCUGACAACACACAAAGCUGCUUGGUUUGUGGCCUUUUAACAGUGCAAACGCACAGAUUCACAUACUCUUACCAUACUGGAUCACUGGGGUUGCUUCCUUCCAUUGAAUCUCUAGAUACAUUUCUACAUUGUGUAAGUACUUUCAUGAGGGAACAUUUCACAUUGUGGGCUCUAUGGUCAACUUGGUUUGAUAAAUAAUUUAAAUAGUUGCUUAAUUUGUAACUUGUAAUUUGAAAAGUUGAAUAUAUAGUAUAGUAUCUAGUACUUUUUUUAUUAUUAUUAUAGAACAUUAAUGUUCCUUUGAAAAUAUACUAAUUUGAGCCAUUAAUCAUUUUUACAUAAUUCACCUUUUGCGUUUGUCUUCAUUGUAGAAAUUUUACUAGGGAUUUAUUGUUGACUGAUGUUUUGUUUGCAUAAAUCCAUAAAGAAAUGCUAAGCUUUCUAUCAUUUUGUCUUUUGUUACCACAAAAAAAUAAAAAUAAAAAACUUUGUUCCUAGUGUAUGUUCAUGAGUUUGUGCUUCAGUUUCCAAACAAAACCUCAAGUUAGAUGAAUAGGUAAAAAUGUCUUUAUUAUUUCUCAGAUGAACAUGCUUGCACAUAUGUAUGCUUGUGGUAUGGGGCA